AUGGGUGCUCAACAAGAUAAAAUGUACUGCACCAGGUACUUGGAUGGACAGGGACCCCCAGCACUGAUAGACCAAGCUAAUGGGGAUGUGAAGGGGAGCUAUGCUGAGGUGUCAGAGGGCAGCCAGCCGGAGGGACAGAUGACAUGGGUCAUUCUACACAGAGACCUCCCUGGUUACCCAGGGGACAACACCAUACAGAUCAAUUAUGUUUUUGCAGAUGGAAUACAAACAGACAAGCAUCCCAAUCCAGGGAAGACGUUUUUGGGAAUGAGGACAUUGGCGUAUUUGCCCGACAACCGCGAUGGAAGGAGGAUCCUGGGGCUAUUGAAUAAGGCCUUCUACCAGAGGCUGGUCUUUACUGUAGCAACCAAUGAGAAUGGAGAGGAUAUGGUCACAUGGGCGGAUAUACCCCAUAAAACAACCCCUGAUGCAGGAAAAGACAGAGUACAGGGGACACGGGCGGACCUGGACAUCUGA